AGGUCAUACUUUGACGUGUUUUAUUUUCUUCAUAACGGUUACAAUAAGUCAAUACACUUUACAAAUAUUAUGCAAGUUAUAACAUGCAAAUAUAGACAUUCUUCUCAUAAAAAGCAAAUGUUGCUUUGUUAAUUUCGGGAAUAAAUCAGAAUUGUUCUGGAUUUCACAUCGGAUGAAAAAAAAAGCAGGUGUGUUAUACUGUGCUGUUUCAUGAGGUCCCACUGCAAACUGCAGCCAACUUAGAGCAUAAAUUAUCGAUUUACUUCCUGAUGACCAUCCGUGUUCUUUGCCUGAAAGGAGUCAGUACUGAAGUCCUUGCAGAGCAAUUAUGGGACGUCACAAAUGCAUACUUAUUUAAGGUGGAACUACCGUCACCAGACCCAUUACUACGGCCUUAGAUGGCACAGGGGAGCCACAUGUAUUAUAAAGCUUCAACUACAUUAGAAUAAAAAGGCGACGAAAGGGAGGGAGGACGAAUGUGUGCAAAUGAGGGAGGGUAUUGCUGUAGCAGUAGCUAGUGCGCUGCUUUAUCAAGCACCAAAGGGACACUAUAAAAGGAGCUGCUGUGCCAUCUCUUGCGCGGAUGCUGGUGGACUUCUGCUUUCUCUCAGCACGAGCUGUGUAUAAUCGCGCAAAUCAGGAAGAGAAGCUCACGGGACCAGUUGCACACUACUGCUGCGCAACCUUAGCCGCGUUGCUAAAGACGUGUACUUUUAUUUAAGAGAAUAAACAUACCAAAUGAAUAUUAAAAGUGCACUGGGAGCUAUCAAAGUUAGCAAAUCCCACUGUUGCCCAACUUAACUUUCUAGACGGAAAUAAGAAAAAGUUUUUUUUUAAAUUUUUUUGGUGGGUACUAAGACUGCGCAAACAGAACAAUUCAGCUACGGUUACUCUUAAAUCUAUUUUUCCGCUUGUGUAAAACUGGAAUUUAUGUUCUACAAACUACAGCCAAAAAGUGCAAUAGUGUUUUUUUUUUCCUGGGAUACAUGAACAUCUUCAAGCUGAAUCAGUGCCAAUGUCAGUACGAGCUGCCGGAGCUGAUAUCUUCAUUGUUCAUGGGGUCACCAUCUAAGAUACUUGAAGGAUCUGCUUUUUGGAAAGAUUGCAUCCAAGAUUCCCACUUUAAGAAUGAUGUAUUCCGAUGGACAUAAUCAUUUGUCGGUGCCCAACUGUAGCGGUCAGAUGUCUUGGAUCCUGAAGAUAAAAUCCAAAGAGAAUCUGUCGUUGGCUCAGUUUGGUUAUUACUUUGACGUCUGCAUUUCGCCAUUCCUGGUGUGCAAAACAGAUUGGACUUAAAGCUGAAUAGCAAGUAAAGUUUACAACGAUCUUUGAAGUGGUCGGUCUGAGUUGCAGAGGUCAAGAUUAGGCUAAAGAGAUGGAGUACCACAGCUGCCAGCAACAGUUAAACACCCUGACCGUAUUGGAGACAAAUACAUCUCGAGGAGAGCGGAAUUGCAGUGCUGAUCGGGGGAUGUCUUUGGAUCAGGAAAGGACAAACCUAGCAGCAGAGAUCUCCGUUGCCGUUAUCCUAACACUUAUAACUCUAGCCACCGCACUGUCUAAUGUAUUUGUGAUUACAACUAUUUACCGAACUCGCAAGUUGCACACCCCAGCCAACUACUUGAUUGGUUCCCUAGCUGUCACUGAUCUCCUAGUGUCAAUCCUCGUGAUGCCCAUAAGCACCAUCUACACUGUGACAGGCAAGUGGACCCUCGGUCAGAUCAUUUGUGACAUCUGGCUGUCUUCAGAUAUUACUUGUUGCACUGCCUCUAUCCUCCACUUGUGUGUCAUUGCCCUUGACAGAUACUGGGCCAUUACAGAUGCCGUUGAGUACUCUAAGAAGAGGACCCCUAGGAGAGUGGCCAGCAUGAUAGCCAUAGUUUGGGUCAUUUCCAUUUCAAUUUCCAUGCCACCAUUAUUCUGGCGUCAAGUCAAGGCUGAAGCAGAGGUUUUGUCAUGUAUGGUUAACACAGACCACAUCUUCUACACAAUCUAUUCAACCUUUGGAGCAUUCUAUAUCCCCACGUUGCUUCUGAUAGCACUGUAUGGUAGAAUUUAUGUAGAGGCUAGAUCUAGGAUAUUGAAACAGACACCGAAGAAAUCAGGCAAGAGGCUAACUAAAGCGCAAUUAAUAACUGAUUCUCCAGGGUCAUCCUCGGUGUGCUCCACAAAUUCCAGAACGCAUGAAACCUGCAGUGAAACUGGAUCCCCUGUUUAUUUAAAUAACGUAAAGAUUAAGGUUUCAGAUGCCCUUUUGGAAAAGAAAAAGAUUAUAGCUGCCAGAGAAAGGAAAGCAACCAAAACCCUGGGGAUAAUCUUAGGUGCUUUCAUUGUCUGCUGGCUGCCCUUUUUUAUUAUUUCACUGGUCUUACCAAUCUGCAAGGAAGCUUGCUGGUUCCAUCAAGCCAUUUUUGACUUUUUCAACUGGCUGGGGUAUGUAAACUCUUUAGUGAAUCCUAUAAUUUACACUAUGUCAAACGAGGAUUUCAAACAAGCUUUUCACAAACUCGUGCGCUUCAGGUGUUUCAAGUUGUGAGUUUUCUGCCAUAUUUACAUGUUCUUGAGAUCAUUGGCUAGAUAUAUGUGGUAAACGAGCUGUGCAAUAGGGCAAGUGCAUUAAAAUAGUUGAUUAUUAGUUACACUGUUUCCCGAUAGUCUACCGAGAUAAACACAUUGUAGGAGAAAAAAAUGCAUGACUGUCAACACCCCUUUCAUUUUUUUGAAAGGUCUUCUUAACCUUAUCUGGGGAUCGUUGCCAUUGACAGUUUCAGCUUCAUGCCAUUGUACUUGCCUUUUACGUGUCAUUCAUGAAGACGUCAGUUAUUUACUUUCUUGAAAAUCCAUUGCAGCUUUUAAUCUGUGAAUUGGUUUGUACGCAAAGGGUGUUAUAAAAAAGGGCUGCCGUGACUACUAAACGGAAUGGACAAGGCUAUUUCAGCCAAAAAAAAAAAUAAAACAGAAAAUACUACUGAUUUUUGAAGAUGGUAAGAUUAUCUCCUCCAUGUAUUUGGGAGUAGGCUAGAAAAUAUUCAGGUCCAUUUUGGUAAUGUAUUGUAUACCUGGAGUAGAUUUUUACUUUUGGUCAUUCAGAGGCGAGGCUAAUCUUUUGUUUUGUUUUGUUACCACCUUUCCUGGUGGAAUUAAUUGGCUUAAUAUGGAGGUGACAUACAAAAGGAUAAUGGAACAGUCGCUGCAAAGUUCAUUCAUAGGGAAAUACAGCAUAAUAAUUGUGAAGAAUUUUUUGUUGUUGUUGUUGUUUAACCCCCCCCCCACACACACACACACACACACACACACACACACACGCACACACACUUAAAAAUAACCGUAUUGUAUAAACAAUAGGACUGAAAACAGUAAUUCAUAUUUAUAAAUGUACAGCAAAAUGUAAACUUGAAAUUAAAAGACAUUUUACCAAAUCUGUUUAGAAGGUACUAUUAGUAAUCAGCCUCGUUUCAUAACAGCUAGGUCACAUGCCUCACUUAAAUGACAGGGAUGAGCGGCAUUCUGUUAACAAAUGAAGCAGGUUUACAGUCUGACAUUAACAGUAAAUGUUAACAGGUAGGUAGUAUACCCUCAGUUCUGAAGCAGUAGCUAAGCUUUAUAAAAAUGUUGAAGAAAACCUGAGUACUGAAAUAGAUGUCAUGACAUCUGAGUAUCAGAUGGAACCCCCCACAACUUUUAUCUGACAAAUUAUUUACCAGUGAAGCAGGAAUAUCAGAACUCAAUAAAUGGUAGAAAACAAAGUUGUUCCUGCUAUCCAAUAAGCCUGAAAAAUAAUUGUCUAUAUAAUAGCUGAUGCAGAUUGGUAAUUUAAUUCAUCUCACUUGCACAGUUACCACAGGAACCUAUUUUAUAACCCUGCAGUAUAUUUUUGUCCACACCAUGUGUUUAGAUUAGAUGAUGUGUCAUAAUACUGAAGCAAGACCAGGAAAGGAAAAGAAAGUGGAAAAAUAUCUCCAACUCAAUGCAACAUUCCCUUUCCUAGAUUGUGAGGUAUUCUUGCAGUAUCAUCUGGUGUGGUGUUGCAUGAUGCAAUGCAACUAGAAAGAAAAUAUAAGUACAAAAUAUACAACGGACUGUUUAUUCUUAACUGCUGUAGGUUUUGUUUAUGGCCCACUUGCAUGCAUGAUUUUUUUACAAGUCAUACUUUUAUAUAAAAAAUAAAGUUCAAGUAACAUUUGGUGUGAUGGAGGAUACUUGAACAUUACUUAUAGAAAUAAGCAAUUUUCAAGUAUCAUCCAUCACAUUGGAUAUUUCAGGACAACUGGUGUUCCUGCAUAUAAAGAGUGUUUUAAUUUGUUGGGAUUAUUAAUAAAUACCCAUAUUCUAAUUUGUUUAAUUCUGAAUUAUUGUGUGUGUGUGUGUGUGUGUGUGUGUGUGUGUGUGUGUGUGUGUGUUUGUCUGUGCAUGUAUGCUUGCAUGUGUGUAUGUGGGUUGGGGGGCUGAGUGGGGGAGAGUGUAACAGAAUAAUCAUUGCCUGCAGGUAAACAAUGAUGUUCAUAAAGAACAGACAAAAUGACCAUCAGGUUCUUAAUUUUUUUCCAGUACCUCAGCAUGAAAGAAUAUCGCAGCACUGAUUAAUAGAUUUUAAUGAAAACUACAAUUACUCUGAUAAGGUAGAUGACACUAAGGGCAUGUCUGGGACAGUCCAUAUAACUAAUAUUGUAAAAACUUAUGCAGAACUAUAAUGCACAGCAAUAUACCCAGCAAGGAGGCUAUUUUGUCCAUCUUGUCGUGUCCGUUGGUAUACAGUAUUUUUUUAGCUUGCAGUUUUCCAUGUAAAUCAAAGAAAAAAUGAUCACUGAAUUUUGCACAUUUUAACCAGCUUACCAGAUCUGAGAGAAAAUGUAUUUUUGAUAUAUGCGCUUAUGUCUGAUUUCAAUUUGCUUUGUCUAAUGCUGUGUACUAUUUUUAAUCUGAUUACUUACACAAUGCUAAAACAACGUCAUUGGAGUCUCAGCAAAAUAUGAUGAAUAGACUGAUUGACAAUCACCUGUGCUUUACCUGAAAUUUCCAACGUCACUUAUUAAACUUUGCAAAUCAAUGGCCUUCAUGAUGCUUUGGUGUAUUACAGAAACGAAUAAUCCUAGUACUCUUAAUGCAGUUCUCCAUACUAACAUACAUGGAAUUUGUUACCGUGAAGUAUCAAGGAAGGUGUCAUGCCAUUCAGUAAGUAAAGCUUCUUAAAAGAAGAGAAGAAUACAAUGAACCGCUACCAUUAAAGUUACUAUUGCUAAACUUUUACAUGUACAUCUACUGCAGUAUAAACAAGGAACAAUCGAAAGUGUUUUUGCUAUUUUUGAUCAACACUGGACAAAUAUGAAAUUUUAGCCAUAGUUAUCAUGAGUGAAUAAUUGAUAUUUGUUAUGCUGCUAAGAAAAUGCAGGUCAUGCAAUACAGCUUUGAUUUAACUAAGAUGAUGUAAAACAAUCGUGCAAUUCUAUGAACUUGGAACAAUAAAAUUAAUUUCAGCUGGAGAAUAAAAAAAAAAGUAAUCAACAUCAGUUACUUUGUGUUUUUAA